AUGGGGAUAUCAGACCAAGACAAGAAUGGCGGUUCUGUUCUGAAUCUUGAGAUUCGGAAGCUUAUGAACCAGUUGAACAGACCAGCUGUUAAGUCUAUCAAGAUGAAACCGAGUUUUCAUCCAGAAGGAAUGAUGUUUGAAGAAAAUGAAGCAUCAUCUUCAAGGCAAAAGCCAAUUUCUCAGUUGUGGCACCAAAGCGGAAGUUGCCCAGAAGGAACCAUUCCGAUAAGAAGAAUAAAAGAAGAAGACAUCUUAAGAGCAGAGUCUAUCCAAAGAUUCGGGAAGAAGAACCACAAGAGCAUUCCUGAGUUUACAUCUUUUAAAACUGAAGCUCAGCACCAGUUUGCCACAGUUUAUGUGACGGGAGAUAAGUAUUAUGGAGGCAAGGCAUCCAUGAACAUUUGGAAACCCAUAGUUGAAAAGCAUAACGAAUUUAGUAACUCUCAAUUGUGGAUAAAAAACGGCAAUACUAGUAAAGGUUACGAUAGCAUUCAAGCUGGCUGGCAGCUUAACAAUGGAGUAGCUGUGGGAGCCUCCAUCCAACCAUUGUCUGUCUAUGGCGACCUUAAAUCCCAAUUUGACAUGACCAUCCUUAUUUGGAAGGAUCCAAUCAAUGGAGAUUGGUGGAUGCAAUAUGGGGGAGAUAUGGUCGUGGGAUAUUGGCCAUCGUCUUUGUUUGGACGCCUCUCUGAUGGGGCAACGACGAUACUGUGGGGAGGUGAAGUGUUAAACUUAGCAUCUGAAGAUGGGAAACACAGCACAACACAAAUGGGAAGUGGACAUUUUGCUGGGGAAGCUCAAGGGAGAGCAAGUUAUUUCAGGAACAUUACAAUUGUGAACGGGAAAAACCAAUCUGUGCCUCCUCCUAAUGGUGUUGCCACUUACUCUGACCAUGUCAAGUGCUCCAAUGUGAAAAUGGCAUCUUCUAAUGAUGAACUUGGAGCCUACUUCUAUUUUGGUGGUCCAGGAAGAAAUCUUGCUUGCCUUUGA